CCGUUCGAUCCAGACCGACGCCAAGCACGGCGCCAACGAUCGAGUCUUUUUCUUUUUCAGCUUCUUUGCUUUUUCCCUCCUUUCCCAAGCCAGGGGUUCCCAAAGCCAGGGCUGUAUCGACAACAAGAGAGUGGAGACCGGUGUAGCCUUGCGGGCCGAUUUAUCCCUCUUUUCCGUGUCCCCAGCUCUCCUUGCUGUUUGCCCAAGAACAAAAAAAAAGCAAGACAAAAGAACUCCACCUCGAUCCAACAGACGGUACAGGAACUUGGACCAGGCUCCGCAGACAUCGAGACAAGAACGGGCCUCGGCUCCUGCGAGGGACGAGGGGGUAGGCGUCCACAGUUGAUGUCACCUCGUACUCUCCAGCCUCCCCACCCGUCCAUCUCCACCACGCCCUGUCACUGCCAAAAAUGGAUCACGGCAAAUAAGGAGGAGCAGCCAGUCUUGCCUGUCUGUCUCUGCUAACCCCUCCCUCCUAUGAUGACGGCGAGGGUACGGCGCAGCACAGGACAUGUUCAGCUCCUGGCCUUGGAAGGAGCAAUCAAGGAUAUGUAGGUAGGGAGAGGCCAUAUGCAGUAACGGGCUCGCUCGCGAGCUGGGAGGAUCGGGAGGAGGGUGUGGGUGGCAUUGCUUCGCGAUCCAUCCAUCGAUCGAGCCGACACCAAGGACCAAGGCAUGUAUUUCAUGUUCCUGUGUACUUGCUGUUGUUGGGUAUGACACGUUACUGCCGCGGCGGUUCGGCGCACGUGGCAGCAUAAUCUCCGUGCGACAUUGACGACUGUGGCCCCCCCGAUCCCCCAUCUCCCAGCCAGCCGGGCCAUGUAGAUCGAGGCAGGCAGGCAGGCAGGCGGGCGGGCAGGCAACCUGUUCCUGCCGGGGAUAGAGAAGGAUUGGGAGCUUGAACACACAGAUAUCCCACAUCCCACAUCCCGCCAUGCUCGGGCCGAUUCCAGCGGAGGUAUGCUACCAGGGUGGAGAGAGAGAGAGAGAGAGAGAG